UCCGCCAAGAUGGCGCCUGCCUGCUUGGCCGCGCUGGUGACGGCCACGUCCCUACUGCUGCUGCUGCUGGUCGCGUGGAAGCGCUGGCGGCGGGGGCGAGCGGGUCGGCACGUGAUCAUUGUGGUGCUGGGCGACGUGGGCCGCAGCCCCCGCAUGCAGUACCACGCACUGUCGUUGGUCAAGAGCGGCUUCUCCGUGACCCUUCUGGGCUUCUGCAACUCCAGACCCUAUGAUGAGCUCUUGCAGAACAACAGAAUUCAGAUUGUGAGUUUGACAGAACUUCGGAAACUUGCAGUUGGGCCCCACAUUUUUCAGUAUGGAGUCAAAGUUGUUUUUCAAUCAGUGCACUUGUUGUGGAAGUUGAUGUGCAGGGAGCCAGCAGCCUACAUCUUUCUCCAGAACCCCCCGGGCCUGCCUGCCAUUGCUGUCUGCUGGUUUGUGGGUUACCUCUGUGGGAGCAAGCUCAUCAUCGAUUGGCACAACUACGGCUACUCCAUAAUGGGUCUGGUGCAUGGCCCCAGACACGGGCUUGUUCUGCUGGCCAAGUGGUACGAGAAGCUCUGCGGGCGCCUGUCCCACCUGAACUUGUGUGUGACCAACUCGAUGCGGAAAGAUCUGGCACAGAACUGGGGCAUCAAAGCCGUGACCGUCUAUGACAAGCCAGCAUCUUUCUUUAAAGAGACACCCUUGGACCUGCAACACCGGCUCUUUAUGAAGCUGGGCUGCACCUACUCUGCAUUCAAGGCUCGCUCAGAACCCCUGGACCCAGACACAGAGAGGUCGGCCUUCACAGAGCGGGAUGCUCGGAGUGGGGUGGUGACACAUCUUCGUGGGCGGCCGGCCUUGUUGGUCAGCAGCACGAGCUGGACAGAGGAUGAAGACUUCUCCAUCCUGCUGGCAGCAUUAGAAAAGUUUGAACAGCUGAUCCUGGAUGGAGAGAGCCUUCCUUCUCUGGUGUGUGUGAUAACAGGCAAAGGACCUCUGAAGGAGUAUUACACUGGCCUCAUCGGCCAGAAGUGUUUCCAGCACAUCCAGGUCUGUACUCCAUGGCUGGAGGCUGAGGACUACCCCCUGCUUCUAGGGUCGGCAGACCUGGGUGUGUGCCUGCACAAAUCCUCCAGCGGCCUGGACCUGCCCAUGAAGGUGGUGGACAUGUUUGGGUGCUGUCUGCCCGUGUGUGCUGUGAACUUCCAGUGCUUACAUGAGCUUGUGAAACAUGAGGAGAAUGGCCUGGUCUUCGAGGACUCAGAGGAGCUGGUGGCUCAGCUGCAGAUGCUUUUCUCAGCGUUUCCCGAUCCUGCUGGCAAACUAAGCCAGUUCCGGCAGAACCUGCGGGAGUCAGAGCAGCUUCGUUGGGAUGAAAGCUGGAAGCAGACGGUGCUCCCUUUGUUGAUGGACACAUGACCCUUUGGGCCAAAGAAUGAGAGCUUUUUAGAGAGGCCCAUUUCCUUUUAGCUUCUUCCAGCCUGCCUGGCCUUGGACAAAUGCUUUAGAGCAGUGCCUCCCAGUGGACAGAAGCUGGAAGUACGGCUGUAGAAUGAAAGGUUUUUAUAACCCAGAGUUUGUGGCCCUGGAAACUGGUUCAGCCUGGUUUCCUCCCUUGAGGCUUUCAAUCACUUCUCUCUCCUGAUCUGAGUCUUUCUUUCCCCUUGGUAUUAUUACUUUCCCAUUAUUUGCACAUGGUAUCGUCAACAACUCUUAGGCCUGUUACGGUGUCUGCCUUUCCCAGCAUCUGCCUGUUGUGUCCCUAAUAUUGUUAUUCCUGCCUUGAGGACAGCCACUGCAGCCUGCUGCCUUGUAAGGGUAAUAAGACAUGCCACAUGUACAACACGCUUGGCUCCGUGACAGACGUGGGUCCAGGCUCUGGCGGGG